GACGUCUCGCGAGAUGAUGUUCUGACAUUUCAUUUAAACUGCAGUUGUAAGCAAACGGGCAGAAGUGACGGGAAUCUUAGGAGGAAUAGCUGGAUUCAGGCACUAUGGCCCAAUCUGACAUUGUACUAAAACUCCAGCGCCAGUUAAAAGAAGCGGAGGAGGAGCGGAAUAAGGCGGCACAAUAUGGCCUUAAGCUACUGGAAAGUCAGAGUGAUCUUCAAAAUCAAUUAGAAGAUCAACGCAAUGAAAUGACUCUCGUCAUUGAGAAUUUGGAACAAGAGAAAUAUUCUCUAAGUCGGGAAGUUGAGCUUAAAAAUCAGAUUCUGGAAAGCCUAACCGUGGAGUGUGAAAACAUAAAACAACAACAGAAGGUUUGCCUUGAACAACUGCAGGAACAAAUGGAGAGGACACAUAAUCGGGAAGUUUGUGGACUAAAAGAUAAGAUGGAGAAGCUGAAAGCUGAAUUGGAUGAAGCAAGACUGAGUGAGAAACAGUUACAUCAAAAGUUAGGCCAUCAGGCUGAGAUGUUGGCUAAUAAAUCUGAAGAACUUCGAAUGAUGUCUGAACGCGGUCAUGAAACAAUGUCUUCCGAAAUGCUUACAAUUCAGGUUGAGAUGCAUGAACUAGAAAGUGCCAAGGCACAUUUGCAAGAAGAAUUGACUGAACUGCAGUACAAAACGGAACAACUUAUUCUGGCUAAUGAAAAUCGAAGUCGUCAGGUUGAACGUCUUCAAGUGGAAAAAGAAGAGCGAGAAAAAGAAGCAGUUAACUACUUCAAAGCUUUAGAGAAAUCACAUGAAGAAAAACGAGAACUGCAGGUUCAGCUUGACCAAGCAUUACAACAGGCCCAAGAUCCUAAUAGUAAAGGCAAUUCGCUGUUUGCUGAGGUUGAAGAUCAUAGAGCAGAAAUGGAACGUCAGUUGAUUAGUAUGAAAGUUCAGUAUGAAUCCCUUCAGAAACAACAUUCUUUUUCCAGGCAGCAAAUGCAUCGCAUGAAGGUGCAGAUUGCAACAUUGUUACAGCUGAAGGGAUCCCAGAUGGACCCUGACCAGAUGGAGAGAUUGCAAUCAAUGGUUGAACAAAAGAACAGUGAAAUGGAAAAACUCCUUGUAAAAGUGCGGCAACUGGAAAAAAGUCAGCAGCAAAAUUGUGAAAAUACAGCAAACAUCAAUACACAGGUUGUCCUCCAGAAUGAUGUCUAUUAUGUGGACUUGCUGAAAAUGAAACUUGAGCAGUGCAGUAAAGAGAUGGAGAAGUCGAAGGAUGAAUUAUCCCUUCAAAGGAUGAAAGCAUUAGCAGAAAGCCAACGCGUUUUAGAACUUGAACGGAAGCUGUUUACAAAUGAUAGGCAUCUUAAGCUAUCCAAGAGUGAAAACAUGAAACUACGUGUCGGCUUGGAUGAACUGAAAAUGAAAUAUGAGCCCGAUGAAAUGAUUAAAUUGCGGACACAAAAACGAAGAAGAGAACAGCUUCCAGCUGAUGACAUACCUAAAACUACAGAUAGUCUAAACUGUGAUCUCCCCAGCACUACUGAUAUACCGCCUGACACAAAUCAAGAAAAAGAAAAUGCAACACUCUCAAUGCAGACUGAUGCUUGUCCCAUUCCACAGUCACUUUGUGUUAACCAAGAUGCAGCUUCAGUGUCAACAAGUCCAGACAAAUCCACUAGUGUUCCACAACGGAGAAGAGUCAGAAUAGUGGAAGAUAGUAAAUGUAUCCAAGCUGUAAGUGAAACAGACGGCACGUUAAUCUCCCAAGCCAGGUCAGCUUCUGAAGAAUCAAGGUUUGAACCAACAAAGGCUGAGGAGAAAGACUUCAGAAAGUGUGAGAGAAAAUCCAGACAUACAGCGACUCCUAUUCUACAUGUGUCUUCAAAGCCUGGUGCAGCAACACAGUGUCCUCAGCAAUAAUAUAAUAUUGUGUGUACAGUUAUUGUAUAACUUUUGUGUCUGUAAAUAUCAAUUGCCAAUUGUUUCUGUAGGAAAACAACCACCCAAGUUUUAUUCACUUUAAAAUGAAAUGCUAACUAAAUGUUUUUUUAUUCCAAGGGUUAAACUGCAUAUUUUUUCAGCAGACAACUAGCUAACUAUUUAGUAAUUCCAUGGAAGACUAUUGUCAUUUUAAAAGUAUUUAUCAGAUUCAGACAAACUUCAGUUUGUAUGGAACACAUCUAGACAGUAUUUUUGUGAAAAUGUUCCGACAUACAUCCAAAUGUCACAUUUGGUAAUUUUAAAUACAAAAAAAUUAUAUUCUAUCCAUAAGUUCUCUUAUCCUGAUAAUGUUUUGUGUCAACUUGUAUAAAUAUUUAUGUGUGAACUUUAGCAAAUUUUUCCCUUAUGUGUUGUACAUUUACGUUGUUGGAACUUUUAGUAAUUUCAUGUAUUUAAGAAUAAGUUUGGUUUAAUUUGUAAAGGAUUGGUUU